AUCACCAGGCAUGCUGACAUACACACUCACCUAGGAGAAGUGCGUUUGCCUUUAUUUUAUUUUAUUUUAUUUUUAAAGAAAUGAUCAAAAAAAGAAUCCGCCCCUUUAAACCAAAGUAGUAAACCAUAGUAACCGUAGUACGUGCGCGUGCGUGUUGACCAUAAGAUUUUGUUGUAGAUUGUUUUAUAGAUUUGUAUAGAGCCGCAUUCGUCUGUGCAUUUUAAUAAUAAUAAUGAUGAUGAUGAUGAUAACGUUCUGUUAGACUAUACAGGAGGUCCGUGAAGUGUUCGAGGCUCGUUUUAUUAUUUAAUUUUACUCAUACAAGGAAGAAUAAACGCUGUUUAUAGAGCGCGCGCUAAAGUGAUCUAUUACGGUAGCUGCAGUGGGUGACGUUGCGCCAAGUGUUCCAUCUUGACCUGCGCGAGAUACAUGGCAAACGUGAUCCCUGUUUUAUUGUCGUUUUGCGGUGUGUGUGAGUGUGUAAGUGUGUGUGAGUUAGUGUGCGUGCGUGCGUGCGUGCGUGUGAGUGAGUGAGUAAGUAAGCGUGUGUGAGUGUGUGUGUAUGAGAGUAACGGAAUGGCUACAUCGAGGAAACACACAGUACCAACUGAAGACUGCAAGAAUAACUCAAACAAACGCCUGAGGUUAGAGGAUAAGAGACACAUCGCUGCUGUAAUCCUGGCCCGAGGAGGAAGUAAAGGAAUUCCUCUGAAGAACAUCAAGCUCCUUGCUGGAGUUCCGCUCAUCGGCUGGGUGAUACGAGCUGCUAUAGACUCCGAGAUGUUUGACAGUAUCUGGGUGUCCACGGACCAUGACGAGAUUGAGAGGGUGGCAAAAAACUGGGGGGCUCAGAUACACAGACGGAGUCCAGAAGUCUCUAAAGACACUACGACAUCAUUGGAAACACUACAAGAGUUUUCCAGACUUAACCCAGAAGUGGAUGUCAUCUGUAACAUCCAGGCCACAUCACCGUGCCUUCACCCACACCACCUGAAACAGGCUGUGGAAAUGAUGACCAAGCAAGGCUAUGAAUCGGUCUUCUCCGUCGUCCGCCGACACCACUUCCGCUGGCAAGAGGAAAAAAAAGGAGUGGCCACAAGCACUAGGGCUCUAAACCUGGACCCAUCCAGGAGACCCCGUCGUCAAGACUGGGAUGGAGAACUGUGUGAAAAUGGAUCCUUUUACUUUGCCACCAAAGAGCUUGUAAACCAAGGCCUCCUGCAGGGAGGGAAAACUACUUACUUUGAGAUGCUACCAGAGUAUAGCGUUGAUAUUGAUGUUGACAUCGACUGGCCCGUAGCAGAACAGAGGGUACUCAGGUUUGGUUACUUUGGCAAGGAUAAUCCAGAGCUGGUGCGAUUGCUCCUGUGCAACCUGUCAGGCUGCUUGACUGAUGGCCAAAUCUAUCUGUCUGCAGUCGGAGAGGAGAUGCUCUCUAUUAACACCAGAGACCUGACUGGCAUCCGCAUGCUACAGGAAGAAGGAGUGGAGGUGAUCCUUAUAUCAUCCAGUGACAACCCGGUCCCUGAUGUGUUUGCAGAGAAGCUGAAACAGAAAACAGGUUGUGAAGUGAGGCAUCUGAAAGAGGAAAAGCAAGUAGAACUGGAGAGACUGCUGCAAGAGAAGGAGCUUGUGUGGAAAGAGGUGGCCUACAUAGGUAAUGAUGUGCCAGAUGUGGACUGCCUGAACUUGGCUGGUAUGAGCGCAGUGCCCUUGGAUGUCCCCAUGGUGGUUCUUAAUGCGGCUAAAUACCCCUGCCAGAGAGCACCAGGACACGGGGCUCUUCGGGAGUUUAUUGAGCACAUUCUACUGAUGAAGAAGGGGGCCAUGUUUCAGAAAGCGAAGGAUCGUUAGGAAAAAGAUUCUGAUCUAAAGAGAUGUUUUUAAGCAUGGAUCAAGGUCCAGCUGUGGCAUAGGAUCUUAAGCUCUAUGUUUCAGACUCGAUUGUUAUCAAAUGUAAAAUAGCUUGCUGUGAUGUUUAGAAUGAAGUUAAGACUCUGGUGCUAAUGAAGUACCUUUUUUUGUUGAUUUAGAUUAAACAGUGAUUUAGAUUAACAAAGUGAUUAGACUCAUUAAUAAAUCACUAAAACAUU